AUCAGGACUGGGGUCUGAGGCCCGGCGUUGGAAUUGGUCCCGCGGGUCGGGGCAGCGUCCGGAGGGGUCGGUGCCGGGCGGCGAUGUCUGGGGUCCACGGGGUUUGGUGCCGGGCGGCGAUGUCUGGGUUCUAGGGACUCCGGGGGUUUCCCGCUUGGAACAUUGAGACACGCUCCCGCUCGCCGUUCAUUGGCUGCGGCCGCUUGACUUCCGGGUGGAAAGUGCAACAUUUCGGUGCCGGGGCUCCCAUUGGCUGCUGCAACACUGGCCGGGACUUUUAAACAAGCCGAGAGUCGCGGAUAGAGAACAGCUGGGGAGGGUCAUGGAUUGUCUUCAGCAGAGGGUGUUACAGCUGUUAAGGAGAUUUCGGAGGGAAUGGUGCCAUUUACCGGAGCGAGAGAGGACAACAGUCUGUGGUGCCGACAACAUGAUCUUGGUUUUGCAGCUUGCCAUGGCUGAAGUGAACAAGGAAUCUUAUGGAGAAUUUGCCGUAGACCUGAGUGAUCUGCUCCUGAUGUGGAAGUAUUUACUUCGGGAGAAACUGGAGUUGCUGCGUGAACCCAAAGAGGUGCCUGAAGGAUACCCCAGAGUCCGAGAAACAUACCAGUCCUUUCUGAUGAGAAGUAAUUCGGUGGAUCUGAUUGAUGUGUACAAGAUUUGUGCUGAUCUCCGUACCGAAGCUGAUCUUGGGGAUAUGUUGACCAUGGUUGAAUUGUUGGACUUCCUAAAUGGUUCAUCAUUGGAGAACAUGACUCCCUUGGCACCCUCUUCUCCAGCCAAUGAACAAUACAGGUCCACUUCCAAGAUGGUAGCAAGUUGGAGGAAGAUCCUUUGUGAUUACUUGACUUUAAUGGUAAACGCGAAGAGUGACCUGGCAAUGGCGUGUGUGUUCAACCUUCCCGAGCGGGGACUAGGGAGGGAUGCUUUCACCCACCUCCGGCACACAGCGCGCAGCAAGCAGAUGUCCUUGUACCUGGCUGUAACGUCCUUCGUGAGAUGCUUGGAGCUCAGCAGAAAAAGCUGUGCCCCUUCGAUUGAAGAUCCAUUGAUGCAGUAUGCCAAAGGGCUGGUGGAUCUGGUGCACUUUGUGGACAAGUUGCAAGAAAUAGUGGGAGAGACCUCCGACCCCAGCGCUGCGGGGAGUCAGAUUCUGACCGCCAUCACGAGACGGCUGACGAAAGGACACUGCAGUGAGAGCCAGUUGUGUCGUGCUGGCGGGGAGGUCCAACAGGAACUAACGACCAGGAUUGCCAACGCGGUCAAUGCCCCAGCCAACGUCGCAGAGGCAAGUGCGGCAAACAGCAGACCUGCGCAGCCUAAAGUGUACGCCAUCAACCACGCCACAGCCUAUGGAGGGAGACGGACAGUCAAGGCCUUCUUCGCCAUUCUGGAUGAAGAGGCGGCCAAACCUCCGAGCCAAGGCAAGGCGGAGCUGCUGGAUGGGUCGGCGGAGCAGGCCAGACUUCUCGGACUACCGUGCAUGCUGACUCUAUUCAGAUCCCCAAAGCAAUCAAGUGGCUCCUCUCCAAAGACCUUGUGCCAUCGCAUUCAGAGACGGCUCCAGCAAGGAAAACCCACUCAGCUGGAGUCCAUUGCGAUCAGGUCACAGUUUGCUUGCACGUAUAAUGAAGAGGAUGCAACAAAGAAGCCGCCCAGUCUCUGCCAGAUCCCAGUCCGUGAACAUCUCAGACCAAAGCUCACCCCAAACAUCUCAUGUGGCAGCAAUUCAUCAACUGAUGGGAAGGCGGAAUCUGCGCCAAAAAAGCGGGCACACGGACCGAGCCUUGGGAACGCUGCGGGAACUGGGAAAGGCAACGGGGUGGAAGGGAAGCGGAGACGGAUGGAGGUGGAUUGUGGGGGUGAGAAUCGGGAACCGGAUGGUGCAGACGGGAGACCAGGCACCCUGGGGGGACGACCGUGCAAGAAGAAAGAACCCAGAGGCGUCAAGUGCAACAAAACUAAGAAGUUAAUCCCCGGACAAUUAAAACUGACCAGUUUCUUCAGAGUUUAAAAAGGUUUUUCUUGUUUUAAUAGCUUUUAAAUGUUAAGUCCACGAAUUCCACACAAUCAGUUUGUUUGAAUUUAUUUUCAAAGUACAAUAUUCUUACAAUUAUGGGUGCAGAAUAUUCAAUCUUAGUUAUUAUAAGUACAGUGGUUGUCACCAGUUCAAUAACACACAAAAUCACAUUAAAGCUUUCACCAUUUGGACCAUGGAGGACAGACAAGAGUAAUUGUGAUCGCAUUAAAUGCAGGAACCAUGCAGAUGUACUGAGUUUUCUGGACCGCGUGGCUUGAAGCAGUCGUCACUUUUGCCAGCAGGGUCUGUACACUCGUCCUAACAUGCAGCGGAGAACUGUGAGACAAGAAAAACAUAACUCGUUAUUGAGGCUUUGCAGAUCUUGAUAUAAUGUAGUAUUGGAGGGGUUGGUGGUUCUCGCUGACUCAGUGAGUGUAUCUCUCUAUGAUUUCUAAGAUUAAAGCUGGCUUUUGAUUCAA